AUGGAGCAGAUACAGCUUGGUUUGAAAUGUGUGUGCAGUCAUUUCUCAGUGUUUCCGCUCUGUCUCCUCCUCAUAUCAGGCGCUGCGUCAGGAGCCAUCGAGAAGAGGUUCGUGGGGAGCAAAUCCUGUAAGACCGACAGGCAAUACCACGUCCAGAUAGAUCUGCUCAACACCCGUUGGGUCAUCACUGCCUCCCACUGUGGAGAACGGACUGUGACUCUGACAAUUGGUGUAAACAACAAUAUAUCACGUCUAAAGAAAUUCUGGUCUCUAAUUAAGGGAUCGUCCAAAAAACUGACGCAGACUAUUAAGCUAGAGCAACAGUUUACUUACAAAGACGAGGAGGGUCGCAAACAUGACAUCAUGCUCAUCAAACUGAACGAAGAUGUGUCUGCGAAGCUUCCCGUCAUCAGUCUUCCUCCCUCUGAAUGUUCCAAACCAGAGGAAGGUCAGCAGGUUGAGGUUGGAGGCUGGGGAGCCAAGACAGCGGACGUCAUGCAGUCAAAGAAGCCCAAGAGUUUAAAGUGUGGCAAAACGGAUCUUGCUGCGUGUGGUGAGGCCGACAAACCUGAUGACAAGUAUUUCAGUGACCCUGACACCAUCAUGUGUGCCUUUAAGGCAGGCGUGGAGGCCUGCUCUGGCGAUGGAGGCACAGCUGUGGAGUACAACAAUGUCUUACACGGGAUCGUCGUGAGCGACCCUGUCGAUAAGUGUGCAAACCCCAUUGUAAUCGCCAACGUCUGUCACUACAGGAAGUGGAUUGACGAGACCAUACGUGCAAACUCAUGAGGAAACCUUGCAUGCAGAUAAGCAUCAUUUUAAAGCAUCACAAUAAGCUCACAAUGUCUCAUAUUUUCCUUUGAAAUGGGGUUAUGUUCACUGUUAUGUAGAUUAAGGCUAAAAGGGGAAAGAUCUUGUACAGAAGCAUGUUUGUUAUUCCUACACAGUCAGUGGUAGUUUACAUUGUGUGGACAUUUGCCGGUCAAUAAAAUCAAAUCAAA